AUGCCUGAGCAGGAGACCGAGCGUACGCCGGAAGAAAUUAAUAUUCAGGCGGACAUCAUGCGAUCCAUCGAAAUUGCUCGUGAAAGUCUCAAGCAGUAUCCGGUACCGCGCAGCCGAGGGCCGUAUACGAUGGUCUACGGAUACCCAGUCACCGCAGACUGGAUUAUGAAAGCUGCCAGGAACACCGGCAACAAGUCCGACAAUUUCAUCGAUGCCGUGGCUCACGUCGAACACAUACUGUGUGCGAAAUCUGGGAUCCCGACCGUGUGCCUGUGCGCACCGGGAAUCAACGCGUAUCCUUCAAACUCAGAGGAUUGGCUCGUGACCAUAGGCACCCAUCACCACAUUGAUAUCAAAGGACGCUGGCCGCCGUGCUUUGCAAUAGACAGGGUGCGGAGGAUGGUGAGAGCGGAGGGCCCUCCGGUUUGGCGGCGCAAGGUCGGUAAAUGGUCCUGCCCGUGA